AUGAAGAGUAGCCAAGGAAGAUGGAGCAAGUGCUUUGCGGUCUGCAAGCCUUACCUUCAGAUGAUCUCGCUCCAAUUUGGCUACGCAGGCAUGAACAUCCUCACCAAGUUCUCCCUCAACCACGGCAUGAGCCACUACGUCUUGGUGGUGUAUCGCCAUGCCUUCGCCACGCUCUCCGUCGCCCCUUUCGCGCUCUUUCUCGAGAGGAACUCACGUCCGAGGAUCACAUGGACAAUCUUCGUGCAAAUGUUUGUGCUAGGACUGCUUGGGCCGGUCGUCGAUCAAAACUUCUACUACGCUGGCCUCAAGCUCACCUCGCCAACCUUCUCUUGCGCCAUAAGCAACAUGUUGCCUGCCAUGACCUUUGUGUUGGCCAUUUUAUUCAGGAUGGAGAAACUGGAGCUGAAGCAAGUGCGAUGCCAAGCCAAGUUGAUUGGAACGUUGGUGACGGUAGUUGGGGCCAUGCUGAUGACACUCUACAAAGGUCCUGUAAUGGAGAUUUUCUGGACCAAGUACAUGCAUGCUCGUCCCCUUGAAUCUGACUCGGCGGCGGAUGGCUCCUCCAAAUGGCUCGUGGGCUGCAUCUUCGUCAUCGUCGCAACUCUCGCAUGGGCUUCUGUCUUCGUCCUUCAGACUGCAACAUUAAAGAGCUACGACGCUCCCUACUCCCUCACCACAUUGAUGUGCUUCAUGGGCACUCUGCAAGCCAUUGUUGUCACCUUUGUGAUGGAGCGCAAGCUUUCUGUGUGGAGCAUCGGCUGGGACAUGAACCUCCUUGCUGCUGCCUAUGCUGGGAUAGUGACAUCCAGUAUGGCCUAUUAUGUGCAAGCUUUGGUGAUAAAGGAGAAAGGGCCAGUGUUUGCAUCUGCCUUCAGCCCUUUGAUGAUGAUUAUAGUGGCCAUUAUGGGCUCUUUCAUUCUUGCAGAGAAGAUAUAUUUGGGAGGUCUGAUUGGCGCAGUGCUUAUUGUUGUGGGACUCUACUCUGUUCUCUGGGGAAAGUACAAGGAGGACAAGGAGAAGAAGAAGAAGAUGGAAGCCAUGGAAAUCCCAGUGGCCAUCAAGGCAGCUCAAGGAGUCAUGGAACCGGAUGCUGUAGUGGAGAAGGCCAAAGCACAAGAACAACAUGACAACUGCUGCUGAAUGAGGUUGUCGUAAAAGGUGAGAAGGAGAUUUCGAGUAUCUCAGUGUCUAAUUUAUCAUCUAAGUGGUAGAGAGGUAGAAUGAUCUUUCUCCUCUUUCUAGCUUUAGCUAGUUCUUGUUUUCAGCUCUUCAAGUAACAGCAAGUUUCAGAAAUGCCAUUGAAGACUUUUAUUUUACUGUCAACAGCCUUGAAUUUUCAGUUUCUUCCAAGAA